UGAGUCAACACACCAGUGGAGUCGAGCAUUCCCAUAUCAAAAUUACCCCUGAAAUUGUAGUGUUUAUAUCCAACCGACGAGCUUUUGUUCUCCUCGCUGCAACUACUCCGCGUGAUGAGAUAGAUUUUAAUCUUGGACAUUGAAGAGAAGGGUCUGUUGAAGUUGAAUAAAAUGAGGGACCGGGGCCGGAGAUGGAUAUUUGCUUUCCUUGUCUGGUUUUUAACUUUUUGGAGGAUUGAAGCUUUCAAGUUUCACAGAGCCCAGAAAACUGAGAGAAUCUCCGGGAGUGCGGGUGAUGUCCUGGAAGAUGAUCCUGUUGGAAGGUUAAAAGUGUUUGUUUAUGAGCUUCCUAGCAAAUACAACAAAAAGAUUUUACAGAAGGACCCAAGAUGCCUCACCCAUAUGUUUGCAGCAGAGAUUUUCAUGCACCGUUUCCUCUUAUCGAGUCCUGUUCGCACUCUUAAUCCUGAUGAAGCAGACUGGUUCUACACUCCUGUGUAUACAACUUGUGACCUGACACCAAAUGGCCUCCCACUACCAUUCAAAUCACCUCGAAUGAUGAGAAGUGCUAUACAACUAAUCUCUUCCAACUGGCCUUAUUGGAAUGCAACUGAAGGGGCCAAUCACUUCUUUAUUGUGCCUCAUGAUUUUGGGGCGUGCUUUCACUAUCUAGAAGAGAAAGCUAUUGAGAGAGGAAUUCUUCCGUUGCUCCAACGGGCUACAUUGGUCCAGACUUUUGGACAACGUAACCAUGUUUGCUUGAAGCAUGGAUCAAUCAUCAUCCCUCCAUAUGCCCCUCCACAGAAAAUGCAGGCACAUCUAAUUUCUCCUAGCACCCCUCGAUCCAUCUUUGUUUACUUCCGAGGUUUGUUUUAUGAUGUUGGAAACGACCCAGAAGGUGGUUACUAUGCAAGAGGUGCGAGAGCAUCAGUGUGGGAGAACUUCAAGGACAAUCCGCUGUUUGACAUCUCCACGGAACACCCAACUACAUACUAUCAAGACAUGCAGAGAGCUAUCUUCUGUCUCUGUCCGCUCGGAUGGGCCCCGUGGAGUCCUAGACUGGUUGAAGCAGUCGUAUUUGGCUGCAUUCCCGUUAUCAUAGCUGAUAACAUUGUGUUGCCUUUUGCUGAUGCAAUUCCAUGGGAAGAGAUCGGUGUUUUUGUCGCGGAAAAGGAUGUCCCUAGGCUAGACACAAUACUAAGCUCGAUUCCGAUCAAAGAGAUUCUAAGGAAGCAAAGACUACUAGCCAAUCCAUCUAUGAAACAGGCGAUGUUGUUUCCACAGCCCGCUCAGGCACGGGACGCCUUCCAUCAGAUAUUGAACGGGCUAGCUCGUAAGUUGCCUCAUGACAAGAGUAUUUACGUAAGUGGUGAAAGAAUUUUAAAUUGGACUGCUGGACCUGUUGGUGACCUUAAACCUUGGUAGCCAAGUAUUGUUGUCCAAGUUUUCAAACUCACUUGUAUCAAUCUAUGUCCCACAAAUGUAUUGAUUAGUGUAAAGUUUCCAUUAAUGUUCAAAUCAUUAUGUAGAUGUUGUUGGUUUGUUGUAGUUUGAUGAGCAGUUUUUGAGUUUUGUAGCAAGAAAAGUAGAACUUUCAAUAGUAGGUUAAUCUACUUUGAUCACACCUUCAAUGGAAAUGAAAUAUUGGGUUAUUCAAAUUGAA